AUGUUUCUGUGUCGCUUUGACGGCCAGUCGAGGCUACUGGUUCGUUCGCUGCUGUCGGGAGGCUCCGGGGCUCACACAGCGCUGGCUGUCUUCCGCAAGCAGCAGCGGGCGAACCCCGACACCUCGCUGGGAAACCUCCUAGAAACACUGUGCCGACACGAAGUCAGCCGUCCAGAGGCGGACACCGAGCCGCUGACUGUUAAACCACUAGUGUGCCUGUUUCCAGCGCUGUUCAAACAAAACCUGCUUUCCUUCAUGUGUCUGGUGCACUCAGCUCUUCCUGUGAACGCUGCCCACCGUUUGCUCAAAUGUCUCAGCCAGGACUCUCAUCCAAACCCCUGGAUCACAGCUCUGGUCAGACAGCUGGAGAGGAACCUGGGGACCCAUCGUAAACAGCCUCUGUACAGCUCACAGUGCAGCCAGAGACUGACGGAGCUGUCACAGCGUUUGGCUGGUUCUGGUGAGACUAGAGGGUGGGCCGAGUGCUUCAGUAGUGACACAGUACGUUUUGAAUCUCAGAAUGUAGUUGACUUACCUGAGCUGGGAACACAACGAAAAAGAAAGAGUAGUUUAAUCAAUCUGGAGUCGGAUGGUGAGGAAAUGGAACAGCAGAGUAAACGGAUGAAGAUCUGUGAGAACGAGCAGGUGGAUGCUGAAGAACAGAGCGUAAAAAUGGAGACACCAGGUGGAUCAGAAAGCGAUGCUCCAGCAGAAGCUUCUGCACCAGCUAGUUGCUGUGAUGACCUGCCUGAACACAUAAAGGUCUCUGUUCUUCAAAUAAAAGAUCUCCUGGAGAGUCAGACAGAGUGGGACCAGAGCUCCACAGAUGUGUUCAAAGUGCUGAACGACUGUGACCCCAGCCAGGUGGAGGUGUUAUGCAACAUGCUGAGUUUGUCCAGCCUACCAGAACAGACUCUGCCUAAACUGUGCAGCAGCAUUUUGUCUCUCUCUCCUGACCUCAGCUACAGCACAGCAGCAACACUCAUCAAGAGCCUCUUACUGGAGAAGGUCUUGUCCCUGUCAGAACCGGCCUCCAGGUGUCUGGUCACCGCAGUGACAUCGCUGUGUAGCCAGUAUCCCAGACCAAUGUGCCACGCUCUGAUUGGACCAGUGCUGGAGGAGACCAACAUAGGGCCUCCACAGGCAGAGCUGCUCAACAGGCUGAUAGAAGGCUGUCUGGAUUCCCACUACAGACUGCUGGUGCUUCAAAUGACGUUCAAAAUCCCAUGGAGUGAGGCAGUGCUCUCCAUCAUCCACAGCUUGCUAGACUCCAAGCCCGUCUUGAAUGAAGAACUUUUCACACAGUUCACUGAACAGCUCGUCAGCCAGGGGCCUCAAUUCACAAAGUCUGUGAAGUUUGCCAAAAUGAUGCUCACAGUACUCACCAAAUACAGCUCUAAUGUGACAGCUACGCACAAACACUCUCUGUCUGGUAGCCUGAUGUUAAAUGGGACCUUUCUCAAGAAGCCUCUGCAAGCUGCCUUGAAAAGAAUCACACACACAUGAAUGUUUCUUCUGACCUGAUGCACUUUAAUAAACCUGUUUACGUGAGUUAUGUAA